CGUAAAAAAUCAGUCAUGCGCUGCACGCGUGUCUCUGAUAGUCACGUACACAAAGUGAAUAAAAGGCAAGCCUCGCGGUGUCUGAACAUCUUGGGUCUUCGUAAAAAGACAAAGACUUUAAGGAUGAAGGUUUGCAUCGUUGUCCUGCUGGUCCUCGUGGCUGUGGUCGCUGCCACUGACGUCGACAAGAGACUGUUUCUGCCCAGCCUCAGUGAACUGGUGGCCAAGCUGAAGUCUCUGCUGGUAUCUCACUCGACCGUGACGCUCGGUGUCUGUGAGGCUGCGUGUGGCGCAGUUGCUGAACUUGCGGCCCCCUUGUGUGCUCCAGCUUGUGAGCUCGUCGUUAAGGAACUGAGUGGAUGAGUGCUGAAUUCUUCAGGACUCGGUCCACCUCACCCUAGUCUUGCUGAUAUAACAGCAGACGACGAUGUAAAAUAAAUCCUUGAAAAAACCCA